CUUUUUUUGGGGGGGGAGCAGAGCAGUCAAAGAAUGAAGCAAAGCAAAUGAUUGUUCUAGAAUGGUUAUUCCUCACAAUUGCUCCUUGUGAUGCAGCGGAACCAUGGCAAUUAGGAUCUCAAGACGCAGCAAGCCCUAUGAUGCAAGGAAUAAUGGACUUACAUCACGAUAUCUUUUUCUUCCUCAUUCUGAUUUUGGUUUUCGUAUUACGGAUCUUGGUUCGCGCUUUAUGGCAUUUCCACUAUCAAAAAAAUCCAAUCCCGCAAAGGAUUGUUCAUGGAACUACUAUCGAGAUUCUUCGGACCAUAUUUCCUAGUAUCAUCCCUAUGUUCAUUGCUAUACCAUCAUUUGCUCUGUUAUACUCAAUGGACGAGGUAGUAGUAGAUCCAGCCAUUACUAUCAAAGCUAUUGGACAUCAAUGGUAUCGGACUUAUGAGUAUUCAGACUAUAACAGUUCCGAUGAAGAGUCACUCACUUUUGACAGUUAUACGAUUCCAGAAGAUGAUCUAGAAUUGGGUCAAUCACGUUUAUUAGAAGUGGACAAUAGAGUGGUUGUACCAGCCAAAACUCAUCUACGUAUUAUUGUAACAUCUGCUGAUGUACCUCAUAGUUGGGCUGUACCUUCCUCAGGUGUCAAAUGUGAUGCUGUACCUGGUCGUUUAAAUCAGAUCUCUAUUUCGGUACAACGAGAAGGAGUUUACUAUGGUCAGUGCAGUGAGAUUUGUGGAACUAAUCAUGCCUUUACGCCUAUCGUCGUAGAAGCUGUUCCUAGGAAAGAUUAUGGUUCUCGGGUAUCCAAUCAAUUAAUUCCCCAAACCGGGGAAGCUUAAGUGGAAAUGAAAGAAUAGGGUGAGGGAAAAGGGGGGAAGCCACUAAAUUGAAGGCUUCACUCGCUCGCUCUAACGCUCGUUUAGUAGACAGCGAGUGGAGUGCAUAAGCCCCUUUAGAGAUAGGGGGGAGUACUACACGAGCUCGUAAGUCAAGUACGGAACGAGCCUUGUCUACGAAGCAGAGCGACCUCGUCUUGCUUGCUUCUGGCGAAGCUUCUAGAACUAGAUAAUAGGCAUUUUUUUUAUGGUAGGAAAACGACUUUUUAGGCCGACUACUACAUAGGAGCGAUAGCGAAGCCAAGCCGUAUAAAGGCGAGCAGCCCUUAUAGCAAUAUCAAACGGCCUACUUAUAGCCCUCC